AUGUUCGGUCCACCAGCCGUUUCGGCCAUAUCCUGCUUGCCAAAUUUCUCACCCAACCACAUAUCCGUCCAUUUUUCCAGUCCACUCACCUGUGUUUCCCCAAACCGUGUUUCCGAGGAAUACUUAGAACCCCUCACUUCUUCGCUCCUCGGUGGCCCCCGCCCUUCCUGUGAAGGUCCUCUGCUGCCCCCACAUGAUUUGACCUCGGACACUGCCGUGUCGAUGGCAACUCCUUCUGUGCCAUCUGACGGAGAAACGGAAGUUGUUCCUGCUGGAAAGCCUGGUAGCGUUUAUGAUGUUCCUCCCCAACGUAGCCCUGGUGACCUCUGCCUAGCACUUCCCUCAAGGGAGGCGAUUGCAAGUAUGGGACCACUAAACACAGCGGAGAUUGCUCAACGGACCAAAGAAACACUCCAACGCCACUCUAUAAGUCAAAGGGCUUUUGGUCUGCGUGUACUAGGCCUCUCGCAAGGCAGUGUGUCGGACCUCCUCACCAGGCCAAAACCCUGGAAGACAUUGACACACAAGGGCCGUGAGCCCUAUAUUCGUAUGCACAUUUUCCUCGAAAACCCUUCUCUCCUGUCAAAAGAAAGUAAAGGCAAUCCUGAACAGAGUGGCAUUGCAAACGAAACGGGCUCUGAUGGCACACCCCCGCUGAAACAUGUACUUAACCUGUUUAAUGAGCCUCUUCGUCACGCUGUUGAUAUCAAUUCCGAGGAAGGUCUGAGCAUGAUGAUGAAUGGACUUGACAUACCACCGUUAGUGGUCGAAGUUAAGGAGGUACGUAUCCUAUUAUCGGUUUUCAUUAGUCACAUGAUAGCCCGUUCAUGUGACAGUUCCAUGUAUCCAAACUUGAGCAGGAUAGCCAGGCUGAACUCAAUUUAUCGAGGCUCUUAUGUAUUCUCCGCCUGA